AAACCGGUACGGCCCAGUUGGCGGCCCCCGCUGCCCCCGGCUCCACGACCGCUGAAAGAGAAGUCAAAGCGCACGGGUCGGCAGGCAGCUUCCGCGUUCCCACUGCGCAGUCCGCGCUCCUCUUCCCUCACUGGUGCUCGCCUUGGCUGCUCCACUCCCAGCUCCAAAACCCUAACCCCGCGAGACAUCCAGCAGCUAGGAGCGGGUCCAGGAGCUCACCGUCGAGCGACCGCUACACUCGACCUCACCGGUUUCUAAUGCUGAUCAAAGCAUGAGCUUCACUCCUGUUCCAAGGUUCAGGGGGGCAGCCUAUUCGCAGUUGUGUCCUCAGUCUAGCAGUUGUGCUGAACAUUUGGUAAAUGUGGAUGGGGCGAGUGCAAAAGACUUGUCAGUUGACCCAAGCACAUUUUGUAUUCCGCAAGAUGCUAAUCAGGGAUUUUGUAGCCGAGCUUUACAGUACACUAGUUCUGUUUCAAAGCAGGGAUUUGCAGCUCAAGGUCUUCCUGUAAAUGCUGCAGAGUUUGGUCUGAAUAAUGAUUCUUCUUUGGUGGGAGGAUAUCAACAAUUUGACUACCUUCUGGGGCCUCCUCAAACUGAAGUGUGUGAAGGAAUGUGGAUGAAAAAUAUCAACACAAGUAUCAUCCACCGGCGUAGACCUUCUAAUGCAUCCUGCCUUGAUCAUACAGAAGAACUAACUUCCUAUGAAAAUGAUGAGGGAGCUAUCUCAUUUGGAAGUAGUUGUAGCACAGGAAUUGCGAGUUAUCCAUAUAGUACUCCUUUGCAAAGAAAUAGCCACAUUUCGGAUACGCGGGAUGGAACUUGGGAUGCUCUCGUGCAAAUGCAAGAGGCUUUGGAAGCAUCCAACAGUGACAAUGGACUCAAUGAAGAGUGCAGUGAUUUGACUUUCAAUCAUGCAGAACUUUCAGGUGGGAAUGCCGUAAAGCAUAAAGUUGUUUGGGACAAUGGCUCUUUAAACAGUCCAUCUUUCACCUCAAAUUUAUUGUCUUUCCCUGGUGAUACUGAGACCACCCUCACAAGUGCCUCCACUGUUUAUUGUACCUUUCAGAACUUUGCUGAUCUCCAACAUAAGAUGAACAACAAUGAGCAAAACAAAUUAUCUAGUGAGGUUGAACUGCCUCGUCAGAAAGUGCCCAUGACAAACCAUGUUAAUGGAAGUGGAGGUGAAAUGCAUUCUGCUGAAUGGGGAACGAACCCUGGUCUCAUAGAAUCUUCUGGCUUUAUGCCAAGCAAUGAAGACAGACAAAACGAUAUAUCACAUCAACCGUCAAGUUCAUUUGUAUACAGUGCAGAUGGAACUGUGGAUCAUUGCUCAAAAAAGUCACCCCUCAUGUAUGAAUGUGAAGAGCAGAUGGAAAUUGAUUCACUUUUAAAUUCAUUCGGUGUAUCAACUGAUUCAUUUUCACAAACAUAUGGAAUGUUUGAGCGAAGCAACAAUUUGGUUGAGUUUGAUAUGAAGACCGAAUUAGAUGAAAGUGGUUCUGCUGCAUGCUUUAAUAAUAAUGCCCCAUAUAUGCAAACUGGACCACCUGAGUCAGCUAUAUCUGAUGGAUCUUCUUAUCCUGAACAGUAUCAGUCUACUUCUCAAACAUGUGGCUUAGUUUAUGCUUCAGCAUCUCAGUGGCAAAAUAUGUCAAGUUCUGGAUUGCCUUUACUGGAUUGUCGCAAAAGUAUUGGUGAGCCCACUUCAAUAAUUAGCCUGGGGGGAAAUGGUAAAGGACACUUGCUGCCCACAAGUGAAGAUACUUUAUUACAGAAACCACAGAGUGUUGCUCCUGAUGCUAGAUUGGAAAUGACCGACAAUGUUGCUGAUUGCUAUCUGGAGUCUGCUGCUAGCUUGGAUGGCCAUUCUUGUCCACUAGGAGCUUCCGCAUGUCAUGAUGAAGCAAUGGCAGCCAAAGAUUUGCAGACAGCACAACAUGGCGUAGUCACAGAUUGCACCUUUGGAAUACAUACUUCAAACCACGCUGGACAUUCAGACAUGCUGCUACCCAUUACACAGACUACUUCUGUUCAAGAGCCUGGCUUGAGUUUGUCCAAGGAUCUGAACUCAUCAUGUAUUCGAGGAACAGAGGUUAAGAAAGUAGAUUUAACAGCAACAUACAAUUCUGAACGCCAUGGCAUCCUCCGCCUCAAGUCUUUUGAACAAAAAACUCCUGAGAGUAUGGGUAUGAAAACAUACAUAUAUCAUUGUGGUGAUCAUAGCCAGAUUGUUGAUCCUCAGCAGAGUAUCAUACUCGCUGCAAGCAAACCUUCACACUCAAGUGUUUUGCCAGUUGACAAAUCUGAUGGCAAGGUCGUUUCACAGCAAAAAAAGCGGAAAAGGGCUGCAGAAAACCUUUUAGCGUGGCAUGAUCACAUCAUGCCCGGGCAUGGGAGCAUGCAUCGUAGAAGAACACCUGAAUUGGAUUGGGCUCGUGCUACCAAAAGAUUGGUUGAGAAGCAGGUAGAUGGUGAGAAUGCAACAAUGGGAAGUAGCACCUUUAAUACUCCAGCUCGGAAGAGACUUAUUUUGACUACUAGCCUGAUUCAGUAUAUUCUUCCUGUUGUACCAGCUAGACUUCUUGCCGCAAAUGUUACUAAUUCCAUUGAGGCCAUUGUAUACCACAUUUCUAAAUCCGCACUCAGUGACGCAUGUGACACUGCUCUAUCUGUUGUGAAUGACACGCUACCGAACCAGAGCAGCACUUCUGGUAAGGAAGGCUCAAGAAUCCUAUCAGAAGUUCUGGAAACAUAUGAGUCGAGGCUUGGCAAGCUGGAAAUUUCCUUGUUAAGCUCUGAAAAGGCGACGACAUUGCAUGAUCUGGCAUCAGAGCUACAGGACUUGGGGCGGUGGUAUAUUCUCUAUCAUCUUGCAAAGUGGCAUGGGUACACUAACAAUUCUGAGCUCGACCCUGGCGCAGCUACUGUCAAGAAACAUGAAGGAGCUGCUGCAGCACCAGUAAACUCGCUGAGUGAUAUCAAGUGUCGCUUACUGAACUAGGGCAGCUCAGCGACUACUAACAAGUCAACCCAACCCGUGUUAUGCUGAACUGCGUAUAGGAAUAUAGAACCAUAGAACAUACUGCUGCUGUGGAUAGGCCUGGCGCGGUGGUGAGAAGCCUUCUACUGAGCCAAAGGUCUUGGGUUUAACACAACCUUUCUGCAAAAAUGUAGAGAUAAAGGCUGACUCUGUUAUUUCUUCUCUAGAACCUCACUCAUGUGGAAGUCGUCAUCACUGGGUCCGUCUUUAGAACGUACUGCCGCCCCGUUGCCUUGUUGGCUUUUUUUUUGUUUGUAAAUGAGAGGCAACCUCUCCGUUUAGACUUAGGAAUAUGGUGAUGUGACUUACCAUGUGCUAUGUGAUCAUUAGAUGUAGGAGCACGGGAAGAUCAUUUUGCAAGUAUAGCUAACGCUAGCUGUCUGGAACUUCCAGAUGUUACUGUUCUUUUGGCCAGUUUGCUAGAUGGUUAUGAUCCGGUGGUUGCAGUUUUUGAUUGUCUUUUA